AUGUGUAAGGAAUUCCCGACCACACUGAAGGGCCCUGCAAGGGUUUGGUUCAGUAGGUUGACACCAAGCUCCAUCAAUACUUUCAAGGAGUUGAGCGCCCAGUUCACCUUGCACUUCAUAGGCGGACAUCGGUACAAAAGGUCCACCGCGUGCUUAAUGAGCAUCAAGCAGCGAGAAGACGAGACGUUGCGGGCCUACAUAACUCGUUUCAAUAAAGAAGCCCUUUCAAUUGACGAAAUUGACGAUAAGAUACUCGUAGCUACAUUUACUAGCGGGCUACGGAAGGAUAAGUUCUUGUUUUCUUUAUACAAGAAUGACCCAAAGACCAUGACGAACGUGCUCUACAAAGCUACCAAAUACAUGAAUGCAGAAGAUGCAUUGCUAGCCCGCGAGGAAAAGCCUAAAAAGAGGGAGAGGCAGGAGGACACGCGACAAGAUAGGGGGCGAAAGGUUGCUAGAACCGGGGAUCAACGAGAUGAAAAGCGCCCUAGACCCCCCACUAGAAGGUUCACUAAUUUCACCCCAUUAACCGCCCCAAUCGAUCAAGUAUUAAUGCAAAUCAAAUAUGAAGAAGCAUUGACGUUCCCUGCCAACUGCUACAACCUGAAACAGCAGAUUGAGGCCCUUAUCAGGCAAGGGAAGCUACAGAGGUUCGUCAAUAGGGAAAGAACCGAUAUGCCAGAGGAACAGGCUCCACGACGGGAGAAUGAGCGCCCUAGACCACCUAUAAGGGACAUAAGAAUGAUUGUAGGGGGCACAGCCGCAACCGGAUCUUCCAAGAAAGCCCGCAAAACCUACCUCAGGAUGAUCCAUAGUGUCCAACUCACAGUAUUCGUACCAAAGAUGCCGCAAAUCGAUAACCCUGUCAUUGGAUUUUCAGAGGAUGACACCCGAAGACUUCACCAUCCUCAUGACGAUGCACUUGUGGUCAGCUUGCAAAUAGGGGAUUAUAACAUGCAUCGGGUCCUCAUUGACAACGGCAGCUCAGCAGACAUCCUGUACUAUCCAGGAUUCCAGCAAAUGAGAAUUGACAAGGAACGGUUGACCCCAACGAAUGCCCCACUCAUGGGAUUUGGGAGAACGAAGGUGUUCCCUUUGGGCGCAAUAACACUAGCUGUGACGGCGGGUGACUAUCCUCAGUAG